UUGAUUCAUAUAAUGCAAUUCCUGAUGAUCGGAUUUUUUUGUUCUACACCACGUGGCUUACAUGUCUCACCAAUUUGUUAGUACAUCCAUCAGACUUGUAAUGGCAACUCUCCCGGAAGAUGUUCUCCUUGGCUGUGGUAACCCUUUGCUUGACCUUCAAGCCACCGUUGAAAAAGACUUCUUGGACAGAUGGGGACUGAAGGAAAACGAUGCAAUUCUUUGCGAUGAUAAGCACAUUGCUAUGUUUGAAGAACUAUCCGAAAAAUAUCAAGUUGAAUACCUACCAGGUGGAGCCACGCAGAACGCUAUCAGAGUGUGCCAGUGGAUCCUCAACGCUCCAAACCGUACUGCUUUUUUUGGAGCUAUAGGAAAGGAUAAGUACGGUGAUCUAUUGAAAGAAAAAGCAAAAGAAGCUGGAGUGAAUGCUCGAUAUCAAAUCAAUGAGGACGUUAAGACUGGCACUUGUGCAGCGCUUAUCAAUGGACAACACAGAUCGUUAUGCGCUCAUCUUGCUGCUGCAAACACCUUCACCAUAUCUCACCUGCUUGAUGAUGUGAAUGCAGCACUAAUAAAGAAAGCACGGUUUUUCUACAUUGCCGGUUUCUUCCUGACUGUUUCACCCUCAUCUAUUAUGCACAUCGCAAAACAUUCACACGAAAGCAAUAAGACUUUCAUGUUCAACUUGGCUGCACCGUUUAUUUCACAGUUUUUCCUCGAACCUUUGAAAGAAGUUCUUCCCUACGUUGAUAUUCUUUUCGGCAAUGAAGAUGAAGCCUCGGCAUUCUCUAAGGCUGCAAACUUCGGUACUACGAACAACGAGGAAAUCGCAGUCAAGAUUGCAUCGUGGGAUAAGGUAUCAAAAAGAAAACGUACAGUAAUCAUCACGCAAGGAGCUGAUUCUGUUAUAGUAGCUGUUGGAGACAAAAUCACGCUUCAUCCUGUGCCAAAAAUUGCCAAAGAAAAGAUUGUUGAUACAAACGGUGCUGGCGACGCUUUUGUGGGAGGAUUUCUAUCACAAUACAUCCAAGAUAAAACUCUCGAAGAGGCUGUUUCCUGCGGUAACUAUGCCGCUGGAGAGAUUAUUCAAAGAAAUGGGUGCACAUUUCCAUCGGUGUGCAGGUAUCACUGAAAGCUAUUUAUUCACCAUGGGUUUGUUUUCAAACACUCCACUCGACUGGUCCUUUGUACUACAUAUCGUAAUGUUGAUGAGAAGCCUUUCUUAGGGUAUGCAUGUAAGUUCCCACGGAUUAGGGAUGGCACCUCUUUAUUUUGAGAGAUG